AUGUCAAAUCAAUACACUGUACUCCCACAAGUUCCUUAUUACACACCAGUCCAACCAGAGUAUUUUACUGUUCAACAACCACAGUUUGUCGUGGUUCAACCACCACCAUUAGUUCAACCAAUCCCUGAACAAAUACCAAAAAAAGAAAAUAAUGAUUGUCAAGGUGCAAGUAUUCUUUUUGUCUUGGGGUUCUUUGUUUGUUUAACUUGGCCAGCUUGUUAUUGUAUUUAUAAAAAUUCAUCUGAUUCACUUGCUAAAGUAUUUGCUAGAAUCUCUUUCGUUUUUUCUAUUCUUUAUGUUUUAUUUAUUAGUGGUUUCAUCGGUGUUUAUAUUUGUACCAGAAAUGCCAUAAACAACAAAACAUCUUUAAAUGAUUUAAACGUAUACUCAGUAUUUGUACAUUUAUUUUUUAUCAUUAUAAACAAUAAGUUAAUAGAGAUUUCGUAA